UUGGCUCAAACUUACAAAAAAUUUAACCCAUUUCGUGGGCUAGUAAUCAAUUAGUGGCAUUGGUGACCCAAAUUUUAGUUGGUAUACUUCUCAGCCCACAAUUUCCCCUCUUUCGCCGGAUGUUUAGCUCCGCCGCUCUUGCCAAAAAAUUGAGGUGGGGCAUCCCUGAGGGGCGGCUGCUGUUGCUCCGGCGAUCAUGAUCGCGGAAAGGCGAUGGGAUUGCUCGCGGGAGUUCCUGCCACUUUGCGUUCGGGACCGGCGGUACUCCCUUAAAGGCGACGUGGCCUUGUACAAAUGAAGGGGGUAGCGGCGGUUCGCGGUGGUUUCCGAACGAAGCGACGAUGACCGGAGAAUGAGGCGGAGCUCCACGGGUGGAUGGGUCCCUCGAAACAAAAUCCUGGUUACGUCACUGUAUAUAAUGCUUUUUUAUGCUAAUAAAUAUUGUUGAAAUUGAGUAAAAUUUGUUUCUCAAAGAGAAAAAAGAGUGAAGCUUUUUGGUCACGUCAUCAUAACCGGUGGAGAAGUGAAAAAUCAAGAAAUGGGAGUUUGCCGUUUGCGUCAUAACGGAAAGACACGUGUCUCGACUUUCCAUCCCGCCCCUUUCCCUUGGCGCCUUUAGUUAAAACAAAUUUUCUUUUCCUUGAAUUAAAUUUUCACCCUUUUCUGGGUUUCCAAACAACCCCUCACGGCUAUUUUCUGGCGCUAUAUAAAUAAGCUGGAGCGGUUACUCUCUUCACAUUUUCAACUAUAAUCAAAGCUUGAAUACCAUGGCAUCUCCUUCUGAAUUUGCUAAUCCAAGCUUGAAUGACGAGGAUUCUCCUCCUGAAAUUGCUAAUCUAAGCUUGAAUGACAAGGAUUCUCUUACUGAAAUUGGCGCUCAGAUUUUGAAGGCUGGGGCUAAUGGAGACCUUGAAAAACUUAAGGAGAUCAAACAGAGUUUUGGAGGUAAUCUCAAAACCUUCAAGCUUAUCUGUGAUAUAUACAGUGACGUCUCUACGGGAUGGAGAGUCUUGCAUCUCGCGGCUUCAAUGGGAAAUUUGGAGGUUUGCGAAUUCUUGGUUGAGCACAUCGGAACCUUUGUUGAUGUCCCGAGUUUCAGCGGGGAGACUCCUAUGAUACUAGCUGCGAAAGGGCAACAUGUCCAAGUUGUGGAGUAUCUCAUCCGCAAAACUGCUCUAAUUCAGGUGUCGGAUCAUAAAGGAUUCACUGCAUUGCAUUAUGCAGCUCUAGGAGAUAACAUGGCGCUUAUGGAACUGUUGCUGAAAAAUGAUGCUCCUCUGGAGAUAGAUUCUGUGGAUGGAACACCUUUACAAAUUGCUGCAUCUCGUGGAAAUGUUGAGGCUGUGAAGUUGCUGUUGGAACAUGGCGCAGAGCCAAAUUCAAUAACUUCAGUAGUUGCUAGCUCCCCUCUUAUAGGCGCAAUCAAGUCACGCUCGCUUGAAUGCAUGGAGUGCCUGCUUGAGGCUAAGGCUGACCCAGAAAGGUUUACAUAUGGGUUAACUCCUUUGGCAUAUGCAGCAAAAGAAGCCGACACAAAAUUUCUCAAGUGUUUGCUUGAUGCUGGAGCAAGUGCUGAUAUACGUAGCACAGGUAACAAUAAACCUAUUGAGGAUGCAGCUUUGGCAGAUAAUCUUGAAGCUGUUGAAAUUCUGUUUCCAGUGACUAAACCAAUUGAUGAGUAUAAGAAAUGGACUGUCGAUGGCAUAAUGAAGUACAAUCGUUCUGCAAUAUCUAAGAAAAAGAGGGAGGAGCAUAGGAUCCGUUACGUGGAGAUACUAGAAAAUUUAGGCGAGACUGCAAUGAGCAAGGAUGAUUACGUGGCUGCAGCGGAAUGGUAUAGCGAGGCUACCUUUAUGGAUCCAAGCAACCCGAAAUGGCUAUCGAUCCGGAGCAUGUGUUAUUCGCGUACGGGGAAUGGUGUGCAAGCUCUACGCGAUGCUAGGGAAGCCAUGAAACUGAAUCCACACGUAUGCCCCUGCCCCAGACCUCACUAUAAAGUAAAAAAUGAUGGGGCUGAUGUAUGGCAACUAUUCAAGAGGUACCACUUGGCAACCAUUCACUUCAUCUUGGCUCCCCGGGAAGAGAAAAACAGGGAUGCAUUUAGGGUUGCUUUGUUUGAAUACUUCUCGUUGCUGUAUAUGUCGAGCUGCUCUGCGGAGAUGAUGAUCUUUUUCCAGCACUUUAUGUAGAGGAAUACACCCUACUACCACAUGCACUUUUAUUCUCAGAUACUACUAUAUGCACACUUUUAUUUCGAAUUGCACAUUCAUGCUUGAUUUUCUAUUCUAUAGCUAUAGAUGAAUGUCAUUGUCAAUAUCCUUCUGCUUCUUGUAUGAUGAGCGAGAGGUGAAGGUUCCUACAAAUCUCUCUGGUCUUGUCGACAGGUUCACUUCAUACAUGUCAAAACCAAAGUGCAGCAGUAUUUCCUCCCCU